GUGGUUCUCCUGGGGAUUGACAUAAUUUCUGCACUAGUGUCCCGUUUGCAAGAUCGCUUCAAGGCCCAGAUUGGCACAGUGCUGCCAAGUUUACUUGAUAGGCUGGGAGAUUCUAAGGACUCAGUAAGGGAGCAGGAUCAGACGUUGCUGCUGAAAAUCAUGGAUCAAGCUGCUAACCCUCAGUAUGUGUGGGACAGGAUGCUAGGAGGAUUCAAACACAAAAAUUUCCGGACAAGAGAAGGGAUUUGCCUCUGCCUUAUUGCAACACUCAAUGCAUCUGGAGCUCAGAGUUUAACACUGAGUAAGAUAGUGCCACAUAUAUGUAACUUACUUGGAGAUCCAAACAGCCAGGUUCGAGAUGCAGCAAUAAACAGCCUUGUGGAAAUUUACAGACAUGUUGGUGAACGUGUAAGGGCUGAUCUCAGUAAAAAAGGAUUACCCCAGUCUCGAUUGAAUGUAAUUUUUACAAAAUUCGACGAGGUCCAAAAAUCUGGAAACAUGAUCCAGAGUUCAGGUGAUAAAAUUUUUGAUGAUGAAGAUUCCGUGGAUGGGAACAGACCUUCCUCGGCUAGCUCCUCUACAUCUUCAAAGGCCCCUGCAAAUUCCCGCAGAGUUGGGAUGGGGACUACCCGCAGGCUUGGGUCUGCACCUCUGGGCUCCAAGUCUUCAACAGCCAAAGAGGGAGCAGGUGCUGUGGAUGAAGAAGACUUCAUUAAGGCAUUUGAAGAUGUCCCAACGGUUCAGAUUUAUUCCAGCCGGGAUCUCGAGGAAUCCAUAAACAAAAUCAGAGAGAUACUAUCAGAUGAUAAGCAUGACUGGGAACAGAGAGUUUCUGCGUUGAAGAAGAUUCGGUCCUUACUUUUAGCUGGGGCUGCAGAAUACGAUAACUUCUUCCAACACUUAAGGCUUUUGGAUGGAGCAUUUAAAUUAUCUGCUAAAGACCUGCGAUCCCAAGUAGUGAGAGAGGCUUGUAUCACAUUGGGACAUUUGUCAUCAGUUCUGGGAAACAAGUUUGACCAUGGGGCAGAAGCCAUUAUGCCAACAAUUUUUAAUCUAAUUCCGAAUAGUGCCAAAGUCAUGGCCACUUCUGGUGUUGUAGCAGUUAGAUUAAUCAUUCGACAUACGCACAUCCCUCGGUUAAUACCCAUCAUAACCAGUAAUUGUACCUCCAAGUCUGUUGCAGUUAGAAGACGCUGUUUUGAAUUUUUAGACUUGCUGUUACAGGAGUGGCAAACACACUCCCUAGAAAGACACAUAUCAGUGUUAGCUGAAACAAUAAAGAAGGGAAUUCAUGAUGCAGACUCUGAAGCCAGGAUAGAGGCAAGAAAGUGUUACUGGGGUUUCCACAGCCACUUCAGCCGAGAGGCAGAGCAUUUGUACCACACUUUGGAGUCUUCCUACCAGAAGGCCCUGCAGUCACAUUUGAAGAACUCUGACAGCAUCGUGUCCUUGCCACAGUCAGAUCGCUCCUCCUCCAGCUCCCAGGAGAGUCUCAACCGUCCACUGUCUGCCAAAAGAAGUCCUACUGGAAGUACUACAUCUAGAGCAUCUACAGUAAGUACAAAAUCUGUGUCAACACCAGGAUCUCUGCAGCGAUCCCGCAGUGACGUCGAUGUGAAUGCAGCAGCUAGUGCCAAGUCAAAAGUGACGUCUUCUGGAGCAUCCACCCCCUUCAGUUCUGCUGCAGCCUUGCCCCCAGGGUCAUACGCAUCACUAGGUCGGAUUCGUACAAGGAGACAGAGCUCUGGCAGUGCCACAAGUGUCACCUCAACGCCUGCUGAUACUCGAGGCCGCAGCCGGGCCAAAGUAGUUUCCCAGUCCCAGCGAUCCAGAUCAGCUAAUCCUGCUGGUGCUGGCAGCCGGUCUAGUUCUCCGGGUAAGCUCUUAGGAAGCAGCUAUGGUGGCCUGAGCGGUGGAACAUCCAGAGUCCAGCCAGUGCCAUCAUCUUCAGAGAAGCGCAGCAAGAUUCCCAGGAGCCAAGGAUGCAGUCGGGAGACGAGUCCCAACAGAAUAGGACUAGCACGGAGCAGUCGUAUCCCCCGACCCAGCAUGAGUCAGGGGUGCAGUCGUGAUACCAGCCGUGAGAGCAGUCGAGAUACAAGCCCUGCUCGGGGCUUUCCUCCACUUGACCGGUUUGGGCUCGGCCAGCCAGGCAGGAUGCCUGCUUCUGUGAAUGCCAUGCGAGUCCUGAGCACAAGCACAGAUCUGGAGGCUGCUGUGGCUGAUGCACUGAAAAAGCCAGUGAGAAGAAGAUACGAGCCCUAUGGGAUGUACUCCGACGACGAUGCUAACAGUGAUGCAUCGAGCGCGUGCUCGGAGCGCUCCUAUGGCUCCAGGAACGGGGGCAUCCCACACUACCUGCGGCAGACUGAAGAUGUGGCUGAGGUCCUGAACCAUUGUGCCAGCUCCAACUGGUCCGAAAGGAAAGAAGGGCUCAUAGGUCUUCAGAAUUUACUGAAAAGCCAGCGGACACUGAGCCGAGUCGAGUUAAAAAGGCUAUGUGAAAUAUUUACUCGCAUGUUCGCUGACCCUCACAGCAAGCGAGUCUUCAGCAUGUUUCUGGAAACCCUGGUUGAUUUCAUCAUCAUUCAUAAAGAUGACUUGCAGGAUUGGCUUUUUAUUCUCCUGACCCAGUUGCUGAAGAAAAUGGGAGCCGAUUUGUUGGGGUCUGUGCAGGCAAAAGUUCAAAAAGCUCUGGAUGUCACCAGGGAUUCUUUUCCAUUUGAUCAGCAAUUUAACAUUUUGAUGAGGUUUAUUGUAGACCAGACUCAAACACCAAACCUGAAGGUGAAAGUUGCUAUCCUGAAGUAUAUUGAGUCCUUGGCAAGACAGAUGGAUCCAACAGACUUUGUGAACUCCAGUGAGACAAGACUUGCUGUAUCUAGAAUUAUAACUUGGACAACAGAACCAAAGAGCUCAGAUGUGAGAAAGGCAGCACAAAUAGUCCUGAUUUCUCUCUUUGAAUUGAACACUCCUGAGUUUACCAUGUUACUUGGUGCCUUGCCAAAAACAUUCCAGGAUGGUGCUACCAAGCUCCUGCACAACCACCUCAAGAACUCCAGUAACACCAGUGUAGGUUCCCCCAGCAAUACCCUUGGUCGGACUCCUUCCCGGCACUCCAGCAGCAGAACCAGCCCCUUAACUUCACCUACCAACUGUUCCCAUGGUGGAUUGUCUCCAAGUCGGCUCUGGGGUUGGAGUGCAGAUGGGCUGUCGAAGCACCCCCCUCCCCUUUCUCAGCCUAACUCCAUCCCCACUGCUCCUUCCCACAAGACUUUCAGACGCUCUUACUCUCCCAGUAUGCUGGAUUAUGACACGGAGAACCUAAACUCUGAUGAAAUCUACAGCUCUCUUCGUGGAGUCACGGAAGCGAUUGAAAAAUUUAGUUUCCGUAGUCAAGAGGACCUGAAUGAGCCAAUCAAACGUGAUGGAAAGAAAGACUGUGACAUUGUGUCUCGAGAUGGUGGCCUGGCUUUACCCAGUGGUGAUGUCCGUGGAAGCAGUGACAUUGUGGAAGGUGGAAGGAUGGCUUUAGAUAACAAAACCUCCCUACUUAACACCCAGCCACCCCGCGCCUUCUCGGGGCCACGCGCUCGAGACUAUAACCCCUACCCUUACGCUGACACAAUUAACACUUAUGACAAGACUGCCCUGAAGGAAGCAGUGUUCGAUGAUGACAUGGAUCAGCUUCGGGAUGUACCCAUUGACCAUUCGGAUUUGGUGGCUGAUCUUCUGAAAGAGCUCUCCAACCACAACGAGCGGGUGGAGGAGCGGAAAGGAGCUCUCCUGGAAUUGCUAAAGAUCACAAGGGAAGAUAAUCUUGGAGUCUGGGAGGAGCAUUUCAAAACCAUUCUGCUCUUGCUGCUGGAAACACUUGGAGACAAAGAUCAUUCAAUAAGAGCCCUGGCACUGAGAGUCCUGAGAGAGAUCUUACGGAAUCAGCCAGCAAGGUUUAAGAACUAUGCGGAGUUGACUAUCAUGAAAACACUGGAAGCACAUAAAGAUUCCCACAAGGAGGUUGUCAGAGCUGCUGAAGAAGCUGCUUCCACCCUGGCAAGUUCCAUCCACCCUGAGCAAUGCAUCAAGGUGCUUUGUCCCAUCAUUCAGACUGCAGAUUAUCCAAUUAACUUAGCUGCAAUCAAAAUGCAGACAAAAGUUAUCGAGAGGAUUUCCAAGGAAUCGUUGCAUCAGCUCCUACCUGAUAUCAUUCCUGGGUUGUUACAGGGUUAUGAUAACACGGAGAGCAGUGUCCGUAAAGCUAGUGUAUUUUGCCUAGUGGCAAUUUAUUCAGUAAUUGGAGAAGAACUGAAACCUCAUCUCGCACAACUCACGGGAAGCAAGAUGAAGCUACUAAACUUGUAUAUAAAGAGGGCCCAGACCACCAACAGCAACAGCAGUUCCUCUUCAGAUGUUUCAACGCACAGUUAAUGGAGAAAUGUGGACAUAUGUGUAGACUUAGAAGCAAUCAACAGUGCCUCUCAGAGACCUUUCUGCUACUCUUCACUGGCACGCUCAAUCAGCUUAAGGAGGCCAUGCAGAUAUUUAUUGCAAUCAGUAUUUUAGUCCCUUUAAAGCUUUCAUGUAGAAUCUUAUUGGUAUUGAAUGUAAAGGAAGCAAGGUCUGUGUUGCAGUCUUCAUUAGAAGUGAACAACAGAAAGCCAUACUUAAACAUAUUUGUAUAGCCUGC